AGCUCCCCGGGCCCCGCCCCCGCCCCUGCCCCCAGGCUUUUCAGAUACUCACCGGCGGGGAGCCGAGAGUUUCCAGCUGCCUUCUCAGUCCCAGCGGUGAUCCGCCUCGGGGCCCCGCCGAGCAGGCGGGGGAAGCAGCCCAGACCGCAAGGCCAUGGCAGUAGCCUCCCGCUCCUGCGCCGCCGCUGGCCCUGAGCAAUCGCCGGCUUCUGCGCGAGGGACCCCCACCUCCUCUGCAGGCUAAACAGUCGCGGCCGGGAGCUGCUAUGCUCGCUCUGGGCCGCUGCCUCUCUUGCCCUCCGGCCGGCGCAGACGCCCCCUCCGCGGCUCAGUCGUGCCUCAGUGUCACAUUGGAAAAGAAGUAAAAUUGAUCAAAAAUUAUGAGUGGAGUUUCUUCCUAAAUGAAGACUGAUUAUUGAGAUUAUGGAUCGGAGCAAGCGGAACUCAAUUGCAGGAUUUCCCCCACGAGUGGAACGUCUGGAAGAAUUUGAAGGAGGAGGUGGAGGGGAUGGGAACCCUGUGCAGGUGGGAAGUGUUCCAUCAUCUUCAUAUCGGGCGAUUAUCAGUGCCUUUUCCAGACUGACGAGUUUAGAUGACUUCACCCGUGAAAAAAUAGGAUCUGGCUUCUUCUCAGAAGUGUUCAAGGUGCGACACAGAGCUUCUGGUCAGGUGAUGGCUCUCAAGAUGAACACGCUGAGCAGUAACCGAGCCAACCUGCUGAAAGAGAUGCAGCUCAUGAACAGACUCUCCCAUCCCAACAUCCUCAGGUUCAUGGGUGUGUGUGUACAUCAAGGACAGUUGCAUGCACUUACAGAGUAUAUCAACUCUGGGAACCUGGAGCAGCUGCUGGACAGUGACCUGUAUUUACCUUGGACUGUGAGAGUGAAACUGGCCUAUGACAUAGCAGUGGGCCUCAGCUACCUUCACUUCAAAGGCAUUUUCCAUCGGGACCUCACAUCGAAGAACUGCCUGAUAAAGAGAGAUGAAAACGGUUACUCUGCAGUGGUAGCUGACUUCGGCCUGGCCGAGAAGAUCCCUGAUGCUAGUAUAGGGAGUGAGAAGCUAGCUGUGGUGGGCUCACCUUUCUGGAUGGCACCUGAGGUUCUCCGAGAUGAACCUUAUAAUGAGAAGGCAGACGUGUUCUCUUAUGGUAUCAUCCUCUGUGAGAUCAUCGCCCGCAUCCAGGCUGAUCCGGACUAUCUUCCCCGCACAGAGAAUUUCGGGCUGGAUUACGAUGCUUUCCAGCAUAUGGUGGGAGACUGCCCCUCAGACUUUCUGCAGCUCACCUUCAACUGCUGUAAUAUGGACCCCACACUGCGCCCAUCCUUUGAGGAGAUUGGGAAGACCCUAAAGGAAAUUAUGAGCCGCUUACAGGAAGAAGAGUUGGAGAGAGACAGGAAGCUGCAACCCACAGUUAAAGGACUGUUGGAGAAAGUGCCUGGAGGGAAGCGACUGAGUUCACUCGACGACAAGAUUCCCCAUAAGUCUCCACGUCCAAGACGUACUAUCUGGCUGUCUCGAAGCCAGUCAGACAUUUUUUCUCAUAAGCCCCCACGUACAGUCAGUGUCUUGGACCCCUAUUACCAGCCACGAGAUGGUGCUACACAUACCCCAAAAGUCAACCCUUUCAGUGCACGCCAAGACCUGAAGGGCGGGAAGAUCAAAUUCUUUGACCUACCCAGCAAAUCUGUUAUUUCCCUUGUAUUUGACCUGGAUGCACCAGGGCCUGGAACUACACCUCUGGCUGACUGUCAGGAGCCUUUGGCCAUGUCUUCCAGACGGUGGCGGUCUUUGCCUGGUUCACCCGAGUUCUUGCAUCAGGCUUGUCCAUUUAUGGGCUGUGAAGAAUCACUACCUGAUGGGCUUCCACCACGACUCAGUAGUCUCAAGUACAGGGUAAGAGAGAUCCCACCAUUCCGGACAUCUGCCCUAUCAGCUGCUUCAGGCCACGAGGCCAUGGAUUGCUCUAACCCCCAAGAAGAAAACGGUUUUGGACCCAGGCCUAAGGGGACCAGCCUAUGCACUGGGGCUGCCUCUGAGGAGAUGGAAGUGGAAGAAGAAAGGCCACGAAGAGCUUCUGUCCACUUCUCUAUCUCUGGAAUAAGCUUGCAAACCCAGGGAGAGCAGGACGGGUGAGAUGGGGGCAGGACUAGUCCCUGCCUGCAAUCUGAGGGCCAAUCUAAUUCUAAGCCUCUGAAAUUCAGCAAGGAGCAUGGACCACAGUGCACGUCCUAGACAGGACCAAAAAUCUUAGUUCUAGGCUGGGCUGGCAGGUACCGUGUACCAGUUCCUCACCUACUCCAAAUCUCUCGUGCCGAUUCUGGGGCAUCUAAGCUCCAGGAUGGAAGCUGGAGUUGACUAGGAGGCCGUGAGGGGCACGGCUGGUUCUCAGACGUGAAGACUGGGAUGCUUCUUGCCAGUGUGUCUAAGACACUUGAAUAAUUGCUGUUUGCACUCACUGUAUGGUCAGACCACAUCACUACAUCUCUAUGCAAGGGGGAGACGAGGCAAUGUGGUGGUCAAGGAUCUUUUAGCUAACCUAUUCAAAGACUUCUCCAGUUGAUUAAUCUAUUUUCAUAUUUAUAAAGGAGUCUUAAUGUUUUGCCUCAAGACUUUCAACCUUGGCGUUGGGAGUGGGGCUGGUUUUGUAGGCCCUAGGGCCUGCGCUGUGUAUGUGUCAGCAGGGGACACAACCCGUUAGCUAAUGGUUGGACUUGGACUGAUUUCCUUCCCUCCUGCAGCUGGGGCUUUGGGAGCAGUCUGUCCUUACGGAGCCGCAAUAAGAAAUAACCAAAGAAUGAACUUGGUCAAAUAUUUUCAUAAUUCAUUUCUGUUGAUUUUUUUUAAAAAAACUUUUCCCAAAACACUUUCAGAUUAAAAAAAUAAUAAAGUUAAUGUUGCAGGU